UUGUAUUUGUAGAAUGACAUUUAUGUCGAUACUGAUAAACUGUAUGUUUUACAUCUGAUCUUUAAUAUGCAUAUAGGCUUAAUAUGCAAUCUUCAUUUAAAUUUAAUAUGUUGCAUUUCACAAAGUCACAAUUAGCGCGACUUUAUUCGACGAAACAACACACUAGGUCGAAGAAUCAUUAUGACACAUUAAAUAUCACGCCACGUGCCACUCAAAAUGAAAUAAAAUCGGCAUAUUACAAGCUAACUCUGCAAUAUCAUCCUGACAAGAAUAAAAGCGAAUAUGCCAAACAAAAGUUUCAGGAUAUCUCGGAAGCUUAUGAAGUGCUCAGCAAUCAUGACCAGCGUAAAAUUUAUGAUCGAAAUACAAUGGUAUAUCGACAAUCAGUAUCGACUACCACUCAGGAGCCCAUUUCCAAUUAUAAGGACAAAGUUUAUUCAGGAUCGUCAAAAAUUUAUAAUUUUGACGCGUGGACGCAUGCACAUUAUGGAAAGCAAAUGCACGCAGCACGCAUCAGGAAACAGGCAUAUGAGAACACCAAAAUAAUGGAAGAAAUAAAUAUUCGUUCAAGGAAGAUUCCUCCAUAUAUAGAAUUUGCCUUGUUUUUAUUGACUCUAACAUUGAUUGCUGUAAGUUUUCGAGAAAAAUUCGAUGUUCCAAUAUCUCAAAAACGUAACACAGAAAGUAAAGAUAAAUGAAAUUAGUAUGUUUAUUUAUUUAAUUAAUGUAAAUUUUUUAUAAUGAAUGUACAAAGUUUAUUUUUAUGCCCACUUAUUGUUAUUAAAAUAAGGACAACAUUAAAUAGAUCAUGAUGAAGAAUGACAAGAUAUUAUAGUUAAGAAAUGUGCUAUGUACUGUAAUAGAAAUUGUUUAAUAGCAUGCAAUUAAUGCAUUCAAAUAUGCAUAUUCAAACAGAAACUUUUAGAGAUUUCACAAAUGGAGCAUAGACAAUAUUUUAGAAAUAUUAGCAUGCUAAAACAUUGUCUAUUAUCAAUAGCUAAAUAACGAAGGAUUUAGAUAAAUAUAAUAAUCAGCUCUUUUACAACAUGUCAAUAUAAAAGUAAUGAAAAAUUAAUAUGCAAAAGACAUAAUGUGCAAAGAGUAUCGGAUAUCUUGUGAUCAAGGAAAUGUAAGUGGAAAAUCAAUAAAAACAAUAAAAUCAAUAAA